CUAUCCCUGCCCCUUGCGUCUCCCCUCUCACCCGCCGGCCAAGCACCUCCCGCCCACUGGUCUUCCCUCUCGCGCUUCUCUGCCCACCUGCUUGCGAGGCUGCGACGCAGCCCUGCCGCACACACACUCCAUAGCAUCCCCUCGCGCCCUGCCCAGCACCACCGCCAACACCCGUCGCCGGAUAUAGGUCUCUGCUUUGUAUGUGGUUGGGAAACACCUUUCCCCCUCACCGGCCCACGCCCCCACCAUGCCUCAGCGCUAGCUGGCGCCUGAUCAUGAGCUCUGACCGCACUGCUGUGGCCCUGGCGCUGUUGGGCUGCCUGCUAACAGCCGCCGCCGCCUCCACCACCACCUACCUGGCCCUACAAGCCGCAGCAGCAGCCAGAAGUGCCGGCACCAGAAACAGCAGCAGUGUCGAUGUCAGCACCGGUGGCCUCUGCUGAGAGGUCGGGGCUCUGGGUGGUGGUGAUGGUGGGGGCGGGUUGGGGGCGGGCAGCGGAGGGGCGGCCCCGCGCCCAUUUGCACUUGCUGUUGAUGGGCGGGGUUGGUGGCGGCGCAGUCCCUCGCCAACCUUGGAGCUGGCUGAUGUGGCGCGAUGUGAGGAUGACUAGAAGUAGGACCUGGCAAGACGUUGAAGGCUGGAAUGCGGAAGGCCGGGUGGGUUGAAAAUUGGACGCGGUUCAGUUGUGACAGCCGAUCGAGAAUGUCGGGCACAAGGUUGACGCGAACACCGGAGCUGAAGACUAGAAGGAGGAGGAGGAGGAUGCGGAAUGUCGGAUACCUUGGCAGCGGUAAGCGCAGUGUUGGGAGGCGGGGGAAGGCAUCUGGCGUUUGGCGGGCAACUGAGGGAACCGUAACACGGGGCGGUUUGAGGUCACAACGCAACCUGUAUGCUGGAGGCAGGCUGCCAAAGCGAUCGCGAGUCGGGUAGACAUGUGUGAUUGUGUGUAAGCGCACCGCAUA